CACGCCGAAGUCCUUGACCUUAUACGUGUUUCGAUGUCGACCGGUGUGGACAUGGCUCUCGACGACGUCAUCAAGCAGUCCAGCCGCGGGAGCGGCGGAGUCGUUCGCGGCGGAAGGCCGCCUCGGCGCUCGAGCGCACGCUCGAGCGCGCCGUACCAGCGGAGCAAGGCGCCGCUGGGAGAGGCGGUCGGGACGAUGAGCGGCGCGUCUGUCUCGGAGCUCGCCGCGUCCGACAACCCGAAGCUCAAGGUGUCGGGGGAGUCGAAGCCCAACUCGGUGGCGGGCGCGAUCUGCAACAUCGUGCGCGAGGGCCAAAAGCUUCCCAGCCUGCUUGCCACGGGCCCCGCGGCUCUCAACCAGGCGCGCACGGCGCGAUCGCCGGCCGCGUCCGCGACGGCGAGGACGUCUCCAUCACAACCAAGGGGCCUGUGCCGGUGCUGGUGACGACCAAGGCGAUCGCGCUCGCCCAGGAGUACGUAGCCGAGGAGGGCCUCUCCCUCUCCUUCACCGUACAGUUCCGCGACCUCGAGGCACUACAGCCGAGAGAUUGCAGCCGAGAGACAUGCCGAGAGACAUGCCGAGAGACAUGCCGAGAGACAUGCCGAGAGACAUGCCGAGAGACCGCCCGCAUCGCGGCUGCCUCGCGGCUGCAUCUCGGCCGCAUCUCGGCUGCAUCUCGCCCCUCUCGUGCCCAGGACCCGUCUCUGCGCGGCUCGCCCGUCUCCACCUUCGUCCAGUUCAUCAUCGUGCGCGAGGCGUGAGGGCCAGUCGGCGGUCGGCGGCGGAGGAGGCGUGGGGCCAGCCACUAGGGGCGCCGUGUGUGCCACGACGGGGCCGGCGGCGGGCGAGAGGGAGCCCGCGGCAGGGAGCCCGCCCCCUCCCUCGGCCAUUCCGACGGCCUCCUGUCUGCCCUCCAGUGUUCUCCCCGCAGCCGCCAUGCUGCCGCCGCCGUCGUAGAGAGGGCCAACAGGCCUACGUUUUACAGGCGCAGAACGGCGUGGUCGCUUCGGGGCCGGGCGGACGCGGUGUGAGGGUGUGUCUGUCUCUCUUUGUCAGUGUGCGUUAUCCUCACCAGUUGGGAGUUAUGUAUCUCGAAAGUUCCGAGAGCUGUCACGGCUGA